AUGCUCUUUGAUACUCUGCGAGUUGCCGAGUGCUCCAUAUGUUUACAAACACUUCUCCCUGGCAGUAGUGGUAGUUGUGGCUCACCUUCGCCUAGAAAUACUCCACAGAAAAAUAAACCUAUAUCUUCACAAGGAUCCACCCACUCACGAAGAGAUGUAGAGGGAACAGAAAGAGAAAGAGAAAGAGAAAGAGAAGAAGAAGAAGAGGAAUUUAGAAUCACAUUCGCACCGGGUGUUCCGCGUCUUAAUGAUGGGAAUGAACUUGGUAUUGAUAGUAUCACACGCACCUUUCUCUCAGCAGUGGAGGAGUAUCGUAAAAAGGAAAAACGUUCACAUGGACUGAGUCCUGGUGAUUUAGAUGAGAGUCAUGUAAACAUGGGGAAUGAAGGUAUUGUGGUAUUACCAUGUGGUCACAUGCUUCACUUCCCCUGUGCUGUUCAAUUAUAUGAAUAUAAAAAUGAUGCGAAAUGUCCUAUUUGUCGUCAACCGCUUAAAGGGGUUUCCGAUUUCUUACUCUUCUCUCCUUCUCAGCGUCCAUCAUUAUCUCAUAAUAAUAAUAAUAAUAAUAAUAAUAAUAAUGAUAAUUAUGAUAAUAAUAAUAAUAAUAAUAAUAAUAAUAACGGAAGUGGUGAUAGUGGUGAUGAUGUACAAUUUACCGGUGAACGUCGUGUUGCGGCGGUAGAUGCGUAUAGUUAUCGUCUUCAUCGUGAGACUCUUGAGUUAAAAAGACGACGACGAAACUUACGAGGUCGUGAAGGAGAACUUACAAGUAGUAAAGAACAAUUAGAAGAACAAUGCCGUGUACUUCAAAAAUCCGCAGGAGAGUCUCGACGUCGGUAUGAAGUCUUAACAAAUCAAGGUUCAGUAGGAAUAGAACGUUUAGCACAACUUCAAAGUGUAGCCCGUGAAACUCAUACCUCGUUGAAUCUUCUUACGAAGGAACUUGCAAAGUUAACACGUGAAUUAGUAAUGUUAGAUCGUCAGGUUGAAAAGUAUCGUCAGAGACUACAACGUUGCCGGGCAGUUCAGCGUGGAGAAGUCGUAAAUGAAGAAGAAACUGGCACAGUACAUGGGGAUGUUUCCUCUUUAGGUCUCCGUAAACGGAGGCUUAAAAGUCCUGAGAGUGGAAGAAUGUUAUCAUACUAUAUCUAG